AUGAACCCUGCUCAACAAAACAAGGUUGAUGUUAGUCAAUUAAGUGAAGAGGAGAGAAAGUUAUUCCGUAUGUAUGGUAAACUCCCUGAUCGCAAAGAUCUUUUGGGUCACAAGCUGAAGGAGCGCAAAUACUUUGAUUCUGGUGAUUAUGCGCUCUCGAAAGCCGGAAAAGAGCCCUUGGCAAUAGGAUCAGAGCAUCCUUCACCUGAUACUAUCCCUCACUCCAACCCCAUCUCAUUGCCUGGCUCCAGCCCAGUCAAGGAGAGUCCUUUGGUUUCAGAAUCGGAUAAAGACGCUGCUAAACAGCAGUAA